AUGAUUUUAGUCACAGUAAACAUUCUCUUUACCCUCAUCUCAUCCGCACCACUGACCGAUUUCACCACUGAUCGAGAUGCUCUUCUUGCUUUUAAAAAAGCCAUCACUGUCGACACAAAUGGCGUGUUGACCAACAACUGGCUUACCAAUACAUCCAUCUGUGUCUGGGCCGGUGUCUCCUGUGGCAUCAAACACCACAGGGUCACCGCCCUCAACCUCUCCAACUUCGCCCUGCACGGAAACCUCACCCCAUAUCUUGGAAACCUAACGUUUCUCCAGUCCUUGGACGUCAGCUCCAACAACUUCACAGGCGUCUUACCUGAUGAACUGUCUAAACUAUACCGUCUGAAGCAUCUAAGCGCAUCAUCUAACAACUUCAGUGGAGAAAUACCGGGAGUUAUCCUUACAAACAUGUCUGUAUUGGAAUAUAUUGAUCUGAGGUCUAACAACCUAAUGGGCACUCUGCCAAGUGGUAUGUGCAACAAUACUCCGAAACUGAAGAUAUUAAUUCUCAGAGAGAAUCAAAUAUAUGGAAAUAUUCCAAGGAGUAUAUAUAAGUGUAGUGAGAUGCAGAAGCUGGGCUUGUCCAUGAAUAUGUUCAGUGGAAACAUACCAACCGAAGUUGGAAAUCUUACUAUGCUUACAGUUUUAUCUCUAUAUGAUAACCAUCUCCAAGGAAAUAUUCCAUCUUCUGUUUUCAAUGUUUCACUGUUGGAAUUCAUAUACCUCAAUGGCAAUAAACUCUCUGGAAGCAUACCCGCAAAUUUCGACAGAUUAAUAAACCUCCAACACUUGUAUCUAUACGGAAACAAUUUAACAGGUGAAUUGCCAAGAGAGCUUGGUAAUCUAGCAGAGCUCGAGUUCUUAGGGGGAUCCUUUAACGGUUUCUUGACCGGACCCAUCCCCUCUUCCAUAUUCAACCUAUCAAAUUUGAAGAUGCUCUCUCUUCAACAGAAUCAGUUCUAUGGUCGUCUCGCUUCCGACAUGGGGCUCUCACUAGUCAAUCUCGAAGAUCUUUAUUUAAACUAUAACGGACUCACAGGCGAAAUUCCAACCUCUAUCAACAAUGCUUCUCAGCUUAGUGCUAUAGAACUGAGCAGAAACGCAUUCACUGGCUCCAUUCCCGACUUUGGCAAUCUAAAACAGCUGCAAGAUUGA